AUGAGUGCAUUUCAGAUGGACGGGCCGCCCGAGCCCAUCGCCAGUGACUAUGUCGAAUUGGCCAUCUUGGUCAUCUUGUUCAUCAUCGGCGCUCCUCUCAAUCUGGCUGCUUACACUCAAGUAGGUUGAAUCAUACAUUUAAAUGUUCACAUAUAUUUUAUGAUGAUGUUUGUUGAUUUGAUGGGUACGUGUGGCUGUAACAGGAAUAGUGCCCCAAGUCAUAAGUUUUUAAAUGUAGGCGGCAAGUUCUCUACAUCUCCUGGCUUGCUUUUUAUCUGUAAAGAAAAGCACCACUUGAAUUAGGCUUGAUAUGACAUAAGAGGAGACUAAAUGUAUUCCCAUAAUGACUCUGGUUUCCUCUAAUUGUAAGACUGCAAUUAUCAAUUUACUUGUGGUCUAUUUUUAUGACAAACAAAUGUUUCGCAAACGCCUCAAAUUCAAGUGAUAAAAAACCAUUUCAGCUGGCGGAACGACCUGUCUGCACUCGACUUGACAUCCUCAAACGACAUCUUAACUACUCCGACCUCCUGGUGCUGUUUAUCUAUGUGCCCUCGAGGGCCUGUUGGCUCCUCACUUAUGAUUGGCGAGGGGGCGACUUCUUAUGCAAAUUGGUCAAGUUCCUCCAUACAUUCGCAUUCCAGGUAAAGGAAAGCCCCAAGAGAUUCAGCAGUUGAAGGUUAUGGCUUCGGACAUUUCCAAAUGAAAAUCCUGGAAACUCUUGGAAAUCUAGGCCAAAUUAAGCUCGGAGAACAGCUGAGCCAGGGUGGAUUUAAUUAAGUCAGUUAUUCGCUCACUAGAAAAUUUGAACAUUGGCGUAGUAUCCCCUGAUCUAAGCAGUGUUCUUCUACCCUGAAUUAAAUAGUUCUUUGUUGUCUUUCAAUUUAUAAAACGUCAACUUUUAGAUCUCCUCUAAUGUGAUCGUUGUAAUCGCAAUCGAUCGAUUGCUAACAGUAAUCUCAUCAUCUCAUCAUCGACCAGAAAGGGCACACAAGAGAACAAAAUUGAUGUUGCUAACGGCCUGGAUAGCAGCAUUUGUGAUCUCAGCUCCACAGUUCGCGGUCUGGAGAGCAUACGAGGCGUUCAAGGAUAAGAAAUGGAGCCAGUGCAUGCAGGUAAGUAGUUUUUUUUGGCUAUCGGGCCCUUAUAUUCUCCAUCUUACAAUUAGUCGCACAGUGCGUUUUUGUUUUUCUUUCGGACUCCUCGCUGCAAUUCCCCGUUUUUGCACUAGCGACAUGUACUUUCGAGAAAGCCCACUCCAAUCUUCGACACCCGCGACAAAUGUGUCAGGGCUUUAUUGCGCGACUAGUAUACUACCGGCCUUUUUAUCCGAUUUUUGUUCGACUUGUUUAAUGGGUCCUUUCUUCAGAUUUGGGAAAUCUUCCGGGCCGAAGCCGUUCUCAACAACAACACCCAGAUAAACGCGAAUGAGCUGCUGAGGGAAGAGAAUGUCUACGUCGUCUUGCAUAUGCUGCUUAUCUUCUGGAUCCCGGCGAUGAUUGUUCUGGUAUGAAUUAAACCAUCUUUAUUUUAAAACUGCAAUAUUUCCAAAUUAAUACCGAUUACUUUCACUGUGGAGAUUUCUCAAUAUUUUUUGUUUUCAGCUGAGUUAUGUCAUCGUGUCGUGUUGGGUGUAUUGGAACAGUGAACCCUCGUUACUGAUCGCCCAUGGACGGGCCAGUGCUGAUUCUCGGGCCGGGAUAUCAUAUCACACAGGGAUGGAGACACUGGAUACAGUUGUCACCAAGACCACGGGAGUCCAAUUCGGUGAGUGAGAGGCAUCUUUAAUUAAUCAAUUCAUUCAUUACAGCUGCCAAUCCAAAAAUAGUCAUCAGUGAUGACACAAUGAAGCCUUUGAACGAACAAAGAGCGUCAGCUGGUUCUGCAGAUACCCUCAGGCACAAUUCCUCGAACAUGGUAAUAACACCGGCUAUGCGCAGAAGUCAUUCAACAUUCAGUGCAAAGGUGAAUAGGUAAGCAGACACAUCAUUUUAUUUGCAUCUGGAAACGUCAAAGGGUAAUAUUUUAAAAACGUUUCAGAAGUCGCGCGAUCCGCGUUAGUUUUCUUCUGGUCGCCGCAUAUAUCAUCUGCUGGCUACCUUACAAUGCACUGAGUUUAAUCCAGUUCGUCGAUUCAGAAAUUUUUAGCAAACAUGCCAAUAAAGUAAGUCGUUUGCUCUUUUUGACGAUGGCUCAAUUUAAGUUAUAUUGCUUACAUGGAAUGAUGGUAUUCAACUCGGUGGUCAAUCCUUAUUUAUACGGGCUUUUCGGCAAAAUGUGUCGGCACAAACGAAGACAUUCGUAA